AUGUCUCAGUCAGCACAACAAGUCAUCGAUCUUACGGAAGACGGAAGCAGCCCAGUAGCAGCCCAAAUCGUUCCACCCACGUUCACACACUCAGAAGGCCAAAGAGGUGCUCAACGGCCACCACGCUUUGAUCGAGACAUCAUCAGCAUCGAUGACCAGGAAGACGAAGCGGUGGACUUGAGAGAAGAAAGCCCAGAAAUUCAGUUCCUUACGUCACGGCCGCGCUCUCGCUCGCUCAGCACCACAAGACAUCCACGGCAUCAGUCUACCCUCAGACAGCGAAGGCAUACCCCAGCUGCAAGGUCACCCGUGCGUCGUCCGCAGGUCUCGUUACGCAUCACAGGUGCACCGGUAGAAGCUCAUGGCCACCAGAAUGCAGGCUGGUUAUUCCACCCAUUCGCGGCCCGAGUCAAUACAAACACGCCCCGUACACAUGAAGACGAAUUGGUAGAAUGGGAGAAUUUCCCGGGCGGCAACUUUGAGCUUCCUGCACACUUAGACUACUUUGCCCCAGCCUUCGAUCUUGAACAUCCUACACGCCGUCAACCACAAUCUCGAUUGCCAACUUACGACCCACCGGCCCCAGCGCAAGAAGGAUUCACCAGAACACAUAUUAAUAAAUAG